AUGGCUAUUCUAUGGAGCUAUCUAUUUUCGUCUUAUGCCGUCAUAAUUGGACUGGUAACUUCAGUUUACUUGCUGGGACUGGGCAUCUACCGAUUGUUCCUGCACCCGCUGGCCAAGUUUCCAGGCCCAAAAUACGCAGCCCUAGGUCGCUGGCAUGAAGCCUACUAUGACAUCUACUUGUCGGGGAAGUUGAUCUUCUGGAUCGAGGAACAGCAUAAGAAAUACGGCCCUGUCGUCCGCAUCGCCCCCGACGAACUGCACAUCCUCGAUGCCGACUUAUGGGAAACCAUCUACACAAAAGCCGGCCGCGUCGACAAAUAUGACCGGAUGUCAAGUCGGUUCGGCAAUGAUACCUCCGUUCUGGCUACGAUACCUGACAGCUUGCACCGGGUCCGACGCGGUGCCUUGAACCCGUUCUUCUCGAGACAGCGCAUCCUGGGACUGCAAGAUAUCAUUCGCCAGAAACUGAAUAUUUUCAUCAAGCGUGUCGAGGAAUAUAAAGCACUUAAUGCGCCCAUGCCGAUCAACCGCGGAUUCCUGGCGUUCAGUGAAGACGUGAUCAUGCAGUACUGCUUUGGACAUGACUAUGCGGCGCUCAAUAAACGGGGCUGGGCUCCUACGCUGCAUGACCCGAUCGUCAAUGUCACUCUCGCUGGGAACACAGCGCUGCACUUUCCUAUUGUUCCAAAGAUCAUGAAUGUGCUGCCCCAGUCCUGGAUCGCGAAGCUGGAUCCGGUGUAUGUGCCCAUCUUUCAGAUGCAGCGGAUCCGAGAGAUCAAAGACUCCCUGACAGGCGAGUCUCCAAAAAUUGACAAGCAGACCGUCUUUUCCGACCUGAUCCAAGGCGACCUCCCUGCUUCGGAAAAGGCAGAUCGCCGAUUGCAAGACGAAGCCCAGCUCGUGAUUGGUGCAGGUCUCGCGACGACAGGAUGGGCCUUGACUGUAGGGACGUUCUACCUGCUCAGUAACCCCAAAGUGCUAGCUCGUCUGCGACGCGAACUAGACGAAGCGAUCCCAGCGCGCAAUCCAGAGAACCCCAGCGGUGCCCUCGAAUGGGCCGAGCUUGAGAAACUCCCGUACCUAACAGGUGUUAUUAAGGAGGCAGUCCGGCUGUCACAUUCGACCACUUCUCGCAAUGUACGCCGUCUGCCGAAACCUAUUACGUAUAAGGACUGGGUUAUACCCCCGCGCACGCCCGUUUCUAUGACGAUUCCAUUUUUGCAUCUCGAUGAAGACAUCUACCCUGAGCCGAAAUCGUUCAUACCAGAGAGGUGGUUGGAUAAUCCUAAAACGAAGAAUGGCGCCCCUCUUGAGCGGUACUUCGUCGGUUUCGGGAAGGGGACCAGGUCGUGUCUGGGGCUCAAUCUCGCUUGGUGCGAGCUAUACCUCGUUUUCGCGGCCUUCUUCCGGUUCUUCGACUUUGAGUUGUACGAAACAGAUUUCUCUGACAUCGAGCUCCAGCAUGAUUUCUUCCUACCAUUCCCCAAAUGGGAUUCAAAGGGCGUCCGAGUGUUUGUCAAGGAGCGGAGUGCUUGA